UUGUAUACAGCAGCGCUCGAGUGCGUUACAUUUGAAAACAAAGAUAUAAAAGCAAUUCAUAUUUAAUUCAAGAAAAACGAUUUACGAACAUAAAUAGAAAACAAAACGAAAAAGUUGAAUCGUAAUUUAUUAGAUUUUUGGCAAUUUCUAGUAUUUCAAUUUACCGUGCGCACGAACAGUGCGACAGCUGUUACUUUAACUCAAUUAACGAUCACCGAACAACGAAAACAAAAUACUCCCCUCGUCCCCCAGUUAAGUUCCCCCAGUUCGCAGUCAGCCCCAGCUCACCCACAAAUUGAAAUCGCUCGCAUUGUGUUGCUGCAGCUGCUGUUGUUGCUGUUGUUGCUGUUGUGCUUUUUUGGCAACGUCUAACGCAGAUGUUUUGAAAGUCCUGCCGCACAGGCGGUAAAAGCAACAAGGACUGUUUGCCUUUGAAACGGUUAGCCCGGCGCUAACUGAAAGUUUUUUAUUGUGCAAAACAAAGUUGAAAAAGUUGAAAGUUGAAACAGACAACGGAGGCGCAGACUAAAGCCUGUGGGUUGGCUUUCGUAGCAAGUACAGAUAUAAGAAGCCGAAGAUUACGGGUCCUUGUGCACCGCUGCGGAUAAUACGUACGCUCACCAUGGCUGGCAAUAUCGAGCAGCGACCCUGGACGCCCACCGUGCGUACGCGUCGAAUUGCGGCGGAGACAAGCAAUCCGGGACCGGCUAUUGUGCAGCUACCCACGCUGAUUGGCAGCAAAGUGCCAGACUCCAAGAAGAAGGGCGCACCGGCAUAUUCCUUUGGCCAUAAGGCGGCCACCAAGGACGAAACGACGGGUCCCGGCCCCGCCCAGUACAAUGUGUCGGGCAUGGUGCCCAGAGGCAAGGAGUGCCCUCAUGCAGCCACACUUCAAAGUCGUCCCAAGGAGCUGACGCGUUUUGUUAAUCCGGGCCCCGGCGAAUAUGACGUGAUGAAUGCAUCGAAGGCCGUCAUCGAUGCCACGCCCAAAUACACAUUCGGCAAGAGGCCGCCUCAUACCAAGUACCAGCUGAUACCGGGUCCCAACCAUUAUCAAGUGGUGCCGCUUGAUGUCAUUAAGCCGCGUGCGCCUCGAUAUUCCUUUCGCAUUAAGGUUAACGUUUACCUAGUUAACAAUCCAGCGCCAAAUAGCUAUUGUCCUGAAAAGGUCACGCAAUCAAGAAAGAAUUCGCCACGUUUCACAUUUGGUAGACGAACUAAAAUCCAGCACGAUCAGCAUACACCAGCACCUGGCGCCUAUUCCCCCGAGAAGGUGAAACUCAGCAAGACACCAGAGUUCAGUUUUGGCAUCAAACAUCAUGAGCUGCGGCCUGACUACACGCCAGCACCCGGUACUUACAAACCCGAGCAAACAGUUCUAGAUCAUACACCCGCCUAUAGUUUUGGUCUGAAGACGAAGCACAUUCAGCACAACGAUUCUCCAGCACCUGGUACGUACAGUCCAGAAAAGUCAAAAUUGUAUUCAGCACCCGCUUUUAGUAUUGCCGGUAAAUCUAAUCACGAUGUUGUGGAUGCUACGCCAGCACCCGGCGCAUACGAGCCAGAAAAAUGCGUCCUUGGUAAAACUCCUGCCUUUAGCUUUGGUCAACGUGUCCAGGUCAGCAAGUCACAAGAUACACCUGCACCCGGCACCUAUCAGCCGGAGAAAGUGCGCUUGGACAAUGCGCCAGCCUACACACUCUCUGGCCGACAUGAAUUGAAAUCCGUUAGCACUACCCCAGCGCCAGGCUCGUAUGCCCCGGAAAAAUAUCGCAGCGACCACACGCCAGCGUUUAGUUUCGCUGGUAAGCAUGAGCAGCACAUUGAAAACACAACUCCAGCACCAGGCGACUACAGUCCUGAAAAAGUACGGCACGAUCAUAAUCCUGCUUAUUCAUUUGCCGGGCGGCACGAAACACCGAAGACUAGCGAAACACCAGCACCUUGUGCCUAUGAGACAGAAAAGGUUCGACUGGACCACAGUCCCGCUUUCUCCUUUGCCGGCCGUCAUGAUCUUCACAAGCAAAGUGAUACUCCUGCUCCUGGAGCGUACUCUCCCGAAAAAGUCCGUCAGGAUCACAAUCCUGCCUUCUCCAUAGCUGGAAAGCAUGAGGUGAAGAUCUCAAAUGAAACACCCGCGCCCGGUGAUUACUCACCAGAGAAAACCCGAUUGGAUCACACACCCGCUUAUACCUUUGGUGGCAAGAAUGAUCCCAAGGUCGAGAACCACACCCCCGCCCCUGGUGAUUACCACCCUGAAAAAGUCAGACUAGACCAUAAUCCCGCCUUCUCCUUUGCUGGCCGCCAUGAUCUUCACAAACCAAGCGAAACUCCUGCUCCUGGAGCCUAUUCCCCAGAGAAAGUUCGGCUAGACCACAAUCCUGCCUUUUCCAUAGCUGGCAAGCAUGAAGUGAAGAUCUCAAAUGGUACACCGGCACCUGGAGACUAUUCGCCGGAGAAGACUCGACUGGAUCACACACCCGCUUACACAUUUGGUGGCAAAUAUGACCCCAAGGUGGAAAAUCAUCAUCCAGCGCCAUGCGAUUAUUCUCCUGAAAAAGUUCGGCUUGACCACACACCCGCCUACACAAUUACAGGUCGUACGACCAUUGAGCAUAUUAGCCAGACUCCAGCGCCCUGCGACUACAAGCCAGAGAACUACCAGCUCGAUACUACACCAGCCUUCACCUUUGGCAUGAAGCUCAAACGGGAACAUGUCAGUGAUACACCAGCACCCACUGCAUACGAACCGGAAAAGCACAACAACACACAACACUCUCCAGCAUACACAUUCGGCACUCGAACUGAGAUCAAGGUCUCCACCGAUGCACCCGCUCCCGGUCACUAUCAUCCAGAGCAAUGUAAGCUAGACAGCUCGCCGGCAUACAGCUUUGGUCUUAAGACCUUACCCAUGCCGCCAAUUCCAGAACCUAGAGGCGCUUACAUUGAAGAUCGCAUAUUGCAAAGACGUGAAAGGCGUUUGGCUAGUCCCGUUCGCAACGCAACCGCAAGCACUUCCACCACCACAACAACAACAACCGCCACAACCACAACCACCAACACAGUAGCCACUGAGAAGCGUUCAGUAAAUGACGAUCGAUUGGACAAUGUAAACGGUCAGUUGACAACCACCAGCACCACCGCUGCACCCAACCAGCAUCACAAGCUGCCAACCACCGACAAAAUCAAUUCAACAACAACCACAACGACAACCAAAACAAAGCUCAUGGGCGGCGAUAAAUCGAAAUUGAGUCGCACCAUCACUGUGCACCACUCGGUCCAGGCACAUGCCAAAGGCGACAAUCUGCAGGUCAUUGCCAGUGGUACGGCAGACGCCAGCACCACGCAGGGUGCAGAGGCAAGCACACGGACGGUGGUGCAAUCGGACGGUGCGAUCGUGACCAGUGGCCAGUUCACGAAAUCGAGUACCACCAAGUACGCUGUGAGGGCGGGCAGCGUGCAACACACGAUCAUCAGCUCCUAAUGUCUACAAGAUACCCACUGUCUUGGGCAGCAGCAAGGAGGGUCAGAUACGUUCAGCCCCAGCAUAUACGAUGGCCGGACGCAUGCG